AUGCCCUUCUUCAAGAAUGUCUUCAAUUCAAAGGACAAGCAAAAGUCAAAGACGGCUCCCGAGCCCGCCGCUCCGCCCAAGCCUCGCUGGGAAGAGUCAUGGACGCGCAAAGAGGUGGCACCAGAAGAGAUCCAGGAGCUCGUCCACGUCUGCACACAGGAAAUCAAGUCGAGGGCUCUGGAUAUGCCCUUUAUGCUACUGCCCUUUCGCCCCACCUCAGACACAAGCGCCUCGCGCAACUUCGUCCGCAACUUCUUCAAGGCCGCCUACGAAGAAACAGGCCAGUUUUCCGGCGAGCAGCUGGCACAAGAAUUGCGUCUGACCGCACCCUUGACGCUAUGCAGUAUCAUCAAGUGGUGCUGGAGCAGGCUGCCCGGCGGCGUAGUCACCUGGGAUGCAUAUGAGCUCUUUCGCAUUGGCGAGUCUGACUCGAACUUUGCCCGACAUUCUUUCGACACCUUUAUCCCCAUGAGCGUCGAUUCUGAGUCACGCAAAAGCAUAAUCUUUGACUUCUUUGACCUAUUGUCUUCUGUGGCUGCCCGAGGCAAGACUAAUGGCAUGGGUGGUAGAAAGCUUUCUCGUCUUGCAGGCUGGUGGGCAUUCGAGUUUCAUGAAGACAACAAGGGUUUCGACGGAGGAUACCGCACAUGGGAGAAGGCCGCGGAUGCAGCAAGUCAUCUCUUCUUCGCCUAUCUGCGAUCGCUUUCACCAGACACAAAUGUGGUCGGAGCCAUAUCCACUCUACCACGGUCCCUUCAAGCCCUACUCUCCCAGACUGAAUAUCCUCCCCAGGUACCCACUCUGAUGCAGACCCGCACGACCAAGGUAGUCAUGAUCGUAGAUUCGGUCUCGCCUACGCCAUUUGCCCUGCUCCGCCGCGCAAAACACUUCGAGUACCGAGACGACGACCGAGCCUUGCAGAGGUUUUCAGAGUACGAGGAUACAGUCAAAGCUCUGACUGAUGAGUGUCGCAGAGUGCUCGAGUGCAUUUCAACCGCCAACCAGUCUAACGUAGCAAGUUUGACAGAUCCCACUACACCAGAUCCCUCGUGGUCCCGCUUUGAGGACUUUGGAUUCGCAGGCAUCUUGGAUAAUCCCGGCACUACUAACGGAUCCUCGCUAGGUGGCGGUCCAAGCGACUUUUCUACCUUUGGGCCGGCUGCACGCACAAAGAAUGCCGACUUUGGUCGCCCUACGACUCCUUCGUGGGCAGAUUUCCUGUCCUCUGGGUUCGCAGACGAGAACAAUAAAUCUCCACCAACCACUCUCCUGAUGCCUAACCAGAAGCUGCCGCCUCUGGGUGAGCAUCGUGUACACAGCUCGCAAUCCCACAUGCGCAACGGGCUCAAAGAAGACGAUCUUGACCCUGGUGAAUUGGCUAGUAUCACCAAAUUCGAGCUCGACGAAACGUUUUGGUGGGUGUGGAUGAUCAGUCUGGCUUCUGAAGAGACCGCGGAUCGCAAGGCCGCCUUCGGUCGAUGCACGUUAAUCGAGACGCGCAUCCAGGGCGCAAAAUGGCUGGUCAUGGAAGAGCAGGUCAAGGGUGCUUCGGAUGGUCCUGAGGAAGGUGCGUACAUUGUGGAGAAGAAAUCAAAGUUCAGUUUCACAAAACGUGGGCGACUUGGUCGGCGCAAGUCAACCGGCAAGAAGCCAUCUCUAAAGGAGCCCUACAACCGCUCUACUACCGACACGCCCAUGAGCAAGACUAGCAUCGGACCAGACCAGCACGCGAGAAUCCAGGCUGCAGCUGCAAAGUUGGCCCAAGGCGAGCGAGAUGAGAAGGAUGCAAAGGAGCUUGCCCAACGUCGAGGACGCCAUGAAGACACCACAUCCAUCAAGACAAACAGCGUACUGACCUUACAGCCACACUUGGUCAACGAGGCUGGUCCAGCGAUGAAAUGGGACAAGAAAUUUGGCGAGGCUGCGCUCGAUCGUGACGCCCUCCGCGCACAGUACCUGGGUGAUACUAGUGCUGGCAAGGGGUCAAAGAACAAUUUGCACUUGACCGCUAACGGACGCACGUCACCAAUGCCCUCGAAUGCAUCGAACCGCGAAUUGCCUCCUCUACCCAAAUCAGAGAAGGAUCCCGAUGAAUCCGUUACGCCAGUGCCUUGGCCAGACUCGCCUAUUCAGUCGCCACGCGCUCCGGUCAAGUCAUACCAAACAUCAUCUGGUCCAGAGAAGACGUUGUCUCCCGAAGAGACGCCUCUUCCUGACGACAAGUCUGCCCAGGCAUCUACGACUCCCAGUCAGCAUCCUGCUCUGAGGAAAGCAGUGGCCUCCCAGCCCAAAGAUCGUGUCAGUGAGGAUAAGGGGACCGUGCCUGAAAAGAAGCAAUCGCCGGCCAAGCUCAAGAAGAAGGAAGGAGGUUUCCGAAAGCUGUUCGGUAGGAAGAAGACGGAGACACCAGCAGCUGGUCAGUCCGCGGAUGAUUCUUACUUCCCACCGGAUGCUGUCCGAAGCGAGUCUCGAGUUGACGACCGCCAAGCUAGCGCACGAGUACCAUCUCCAACAUACACUGAUGAACAGCCCGAGCCUGUACGGGCCCCAUCACCAAAGUUUGACCCUAGCCCUGCCGAGUCCUCUACCGGCAUACCCGAGCCCAAUUCAUCUGCUGAACCUAUGCCUGGCGGCCCUGCUACCCAGCAAGAAAUUGACAAAGCCUUUUCUCGAUUUGACCAAGGCCCAAUGGAGGAAAUGCCUGCUUUCGUUCCUGAAGAUAGCGAUGAAGAUGCCGCCGUAGCUCCAUCUGUACCCCGACGACCAGUUCAACAGGCCAACCCAAGGACGCCAACUCAACGUGCACCUCAUGAAGCAGACGAUGUGUCGGAGGAGUCUGUCGAGUUCGCCAAGCAGCAGUCACCAUCGCACGACCGAUGGGCGCAGAUCAGGAAGAAUGCGGCAGACCGUGCAGCCAGAUUGAGCGAGGAGCAGGUCCGCCGUAGCCGAAGCCAGAGCCAGAGCCAGCGGACUGAUGAAGGCGAGACGAGCGGCGAGGAGACGAUUGAGAGCCGUGUUGCGCGCAUCAAGGCACGUGUGGCUGAGCUGACUGGCAAUGUCGACGGCCAGCCAGUUGCAAGUGGACCUGGCGCGGGCAGACAGUGGUAGAUUGUGCAGUGAUUCCUUGCAGCAUUACAAGACCGCCCCCGUCUGAUUUCCAAGCGUAUAAAGAGCUCGAUACCCUUUUUCUCCGAUUUUGCGGAUGUUUCCCCAGUUAUACCUUUUUUCUUAUUACGACAAUUGGUCCAAGUUUGCUUUUUUUUAUCCUGCCGCACGCUCUCUCUCUCUGUGGGUGUGUAUGUGUGUGUUAUUCCCAAUAGGCUGUAAUCACUUAUUAACCACUUU